AGUCUUAGCCUUUAGUCAUUCAUUAUUUGAUCACAUUUCUUUAGUAGCGUACAAGCAAGUUAUCGAAAAAGCUGUAGCGCUGUGUUCUUAUAUUUAAUACAGUCUAUCGAUAUGAUACGAAACAUCUAUGAGCAGCAGUUUAUAUGAAGAAAGGAAGAAAGGAAGGGAGGAAAGUGAGCGAGUGAGUGAGUGUAAGUUGGAUUGAAACGCGUCCCUGUGGCCGGCGGCACCGCGUCCGACACAAAAGUCCGGGCGGUGGUGCACCGUUCAAUGACCGAGUUUAAAUACACUGUUGUGUUGUUUUUUAAACCUAUAAUUUUUAAGAAUGGGAAUUGAGACUCCUAUUUGGAAGCGUGUGCAGGUGUUUACCGGCCCCGUUCCUCGAGCUAGACAUGGACACCGAGCGGUGGCCAUACGGGAGCUGGUCGUGGUGUUUGGAGGUGGAAAUGAGGGAAUAGCGGAGGAGCUACAUGUUUAUAACACAGUCUCCCGACAGUGGUUUCUGCCUGCAGUGAGAGGUGACAUCCCUCCUGGCUGUGCUGCACAUGGGUUUGUGUGUGAAGGCACGCGCAUCCUGGUGUUUGGAGGAAUGGUGGAAUUUGGACAAUACAGCAACAGUCUCUAUGAGCUGCAGGCCAGUCGCUGGCUGUGGAAAAAGCUGAAGCCACGGCCACCGAAGAACGCUUCGCCUCCUUGCCCUCGCCUGGGACACAGCUUCACUCUCCAUGGCAACAAGUGCUACCUGUUUGGAGGGCUAGCCAAUGACAGUGAAGAUCCAAACGGCAACGUGCCUCGAUAUUUGGAUGAUUUCUAUGAGCUGGAGCUACAGACACAGUCAGGAGUGAAAGGCUGGAUUAUCCCUGAAACUAAAGGAGGUGGUCCAUCACCCAGGGAGUCUCACACAUGCGUAGUGUACAGUGGAAAGAGCGGCAGCUCCCCGAAGAUUUACAUUUUUGGGGGCAUGUGUGGGAAUAGACUAGGAGAUCUGUGGCAGCUAGAUAUUGACACUAUGACCUGGUCAUUACCUAAAACAUCAGGACCUUGCCCUUUACCGAGAAGUCAACACUCUUCAAAUGUGAUUGGAAACCAAAUGUACGUAUUUGGUGGCUGGGUUCCUGCAGAGGAGAAGAACGCUGUAGGAGCAGAAUGGAUCUGUAGUAACUCUUUGUUGGCAUUAAACCUUGACACAAUGACGUGGAGUCCUCUGAACUCUGAGAGCCACCAGCAACAGCAGCUUGGUACAACUAUACCUGAGAAGGAGGAGGAAGAAAAGGGUGGAAUCUGCUGGCCAAAAGCUCGCACCGGUCACUGCGCUGUAGCCAUUGGGACACGCCUGUACAUCUGGAGCGGACGAGACGGCUAUAAGAAAAGUCGGAACUACCAAGUGUGCUUCAAAGACCUGUGGUAUUUGGAAACAGAGAAGCCAGCUACGCCAUCCGCUGUGUUUUUGGUCAAGUCCACUGUCAACAUGCUGCAUGUGGCUUGGCAUCCUUUACCUGCAGCUGACUGCUACCUGCUUCAGUUGCAGUACGUUGCUCCUCCCUCAGCGCCACAAACACAAACCUCAGAUUUGCCGACUACCCCAACCACACCCACCGGUCUCACAGAGGGGGAGAAACCACUAAAGAGACCCAGUCAUACACAAUCUGAGCUGUGUCCAGGAGGUGAAGAUGGAAGCCACAAGAGCACAACGCUACAGGAGACAACUGGAGGUGGUGAAGCCGGAGCAGAGAGCACGGAUAAACAGAACGAAUUAGAAUUCAAUCCUGUAACUGUCACCAACAAGGGUGACUCUGAAAAAAAGCAGCAGGCGGCCUCUUUGAGACCUGUGACGGAGGAAGCCAGUAAACAGAAUGGGACUAAAUCUCAGCAACUGCAAGAACAUGAUAAUCUAUCGAACCCUUCGGGACAGUGUGAAAGAACUAAAUUCUCUGCGUGGUUUGAUGUUGGUAUAUUUAAAACACUCUUCGCUGAAGUCACACACUACUAUUUACCCACUGAGAAUGGAAGUAAUGACCAAAUCUCCAGUGAUCGUGAGUGGACGAUGCCAGGUCCUCACAGCUAUGAAGAAUGGGAAAAGAAGGAUCUCACAUCUAAUGUUACCUACAGGUUCAGAGUGGCAGGCAUAAACUGCUGUGGUCGAGGAGACUUCAGUCCGAUCGGGGAAUUUAAGACGUGCCAUCCAGGAUUCCCAGAAGCCCCUCCUGCUGUCAAAAUCACCAAGGCAUCUGAUUCAGUACACAUAACAUGGGAGUCACCCUCCAACACGUCAGGGAAAAUUCAGGAAUAUUCCAUGUAUCUGGCAGUGAAGAAGACGCGAGGAAACACCUCGGAGAAGCCGGGAGAUUUAACUUUUAUACGCAUUUACCGUGGUGCCAAAACCUCAUGUACCGUGAACUCUGCAAAUCUGAGUAACGCAUACAUCGACUGCUCUGCUCGACCAGCCAUCGUGUUCCGCAUCGCCGCAAAGAACGAACGUGGUUAUGGGCCUGCCACUCAGAUCCGCUGGCUACAAGAGAGCAAUAAAAUCAAAUCAACAUUAAAACCAGACUCCAGCCCUACCAACCCUGACGACAUUAUUAGCGCUUGAUGACUGCACAGGAACCGCUCUCGAUGCUGCUGGGCCGUAUGGUGUUUGAUGUGUUUUAUAACUUAUUUUUUAUACUGUUGAUAAUUGUACAUAAACAUUUAGCUGUUAUUUUUUUUACUAAUUAGUAUUUUAGCUAGCUAGUGUUUGUUUCCAAUUCCAAUUUUGGGACUGAUUAAUUUCGUGAAAACAAAAUCUGAAGACAAACCCUUUAACCUGGCAUAUUGUCAUGAUGCUAUCAAAAGCUAGUAAUGGUUCAAAACAAUACAUUUUAUCCUCUGUAAAAUGUCAUUUGUGUUUUUAGGGGCCAGAUGUUUUAGUUUGAAAUGUUACCCCCCCAAAACCCCUGCACUUGAAAGUAUCUGCAGAAGCAGUUGAUUAAUUUUCUACAAUCAUUUUCAUAGUAACAACUUGCACGUAAACACACAACCAUCACAAAUUGUUUACAUUUAACAGCUGUGUAUGGAGUCUCUAGGGUCAGUGUUUAUUAUAGACAGUGCUUAGUGUCAUUUAAUUUUUGUACACAGGAAGGUCUUCCGAACAAAGCUGGGUGUAUUAUUCAGCUUACUAGGUUUUAAAGAGGGAAAAAGAACAAGUGAUACUAGUAACUAACAUUCUUCAUUGCUGUUCCACAUUAGGUGUCUAUAAAAGCAAUAAGAAUGAUGAUUUUGCUUUAAAAGAAUGAAAAUAUCAGCUUUAGGGUGCUAUAAUGGACUUCUGUCUAAGGUGUACGUUUGGUUCAAAUUUCAAACAAAUUCAUGACUUGUUUAACUAUUCAUGCAAAUGUAAACUGUUUUUUAAUAAUACGAUUAUCCAAG